UUGGCGCAGCGCCGUACGUGCGGAGCGAGCUGGGCGAAAGCGUGCACAGCGCACCGGCGUCCGAGAUAUAUAUGAGCCAUCAACAUGCUCUUGUACCCGUCUAGCUCCCGCGCAUUGGAUCGCGAGCCUCGUUCCUUACACGAGUAUAGGUGCUGGUCGCCUUACUUAUUACGACAUACCCAUCCUCCUAAUCCUGUAUCUUACGAAACCGCACGACGCCGUCCUCCCUUACGACAUAAAGCUGUCUGUUCCCCGACUCUCACCAUGCGCUUAACGGUCCUUUCCGUUGUUCUUGCUAUUGCGUCCACCUUCGCCGCGCCGAUAGACCGUGACGACCUUCGCGGCAGAGCUAUCAAAUUGGAAGAGGCGGAGUCGACGGCGGGCACGGCGUGGAAAGCAAUCUCGCUCGGUGCUAGAGGGUGGGCCCUCGACAAGUCCGUGGAGGAAAAGGAGCGACAGCAAGAACAGAAAGGGGAAUACCCACACCUAGCUCGACGGCUCAAGAUCCCCAAGAUCCCCAAGAUCCCCAAAUUCGCUCCCAAACCCAAGGCUGCUCCCGUACCCAAGCCCGCUAAGCCCGCUCCCAAGCCUAAGCCCGCUCCCAAAAAGCUCACCAAGCCCAAGCCCGCUCCCAAGCCCAAGCCCGAUCCCAAGGGCAAGGGCAAGGGCAAGGCCGAGGCCGAGGGAAAGGGCAAGGGCAAGGAGGGCGAGGGCAAGGAGGGCGAGGAAAAGCCCAAGACCAAGGGAGAGAAGUUCAGGCACAGCCUAAAUAAGGCUCUCAACUUGGGUCUGGACGUCGCCGGCGCCGGGGGGGAUGUCUUGAGGGCGCUCAUCACGCGCAGAGCACUCGUCGAAAACAUCCUGCCUCGCGCGGAGAAGCUUACGGAGCGUGAGAGGUACGCACAGGCUGGGAGCGGGGCCAUUAGCUGGGACGGCAUCAAGGAUAAGGUGCAUGAGGUCACUCACUGGCACAAGGCCGGCCAUGUCGAGAGUGAGAUCGCGACCGUCGCGUCCUUCGCUCCUCUCCUCAUCUUUCGCGACGCCGAGCUGGAUGAAUUGGAUUAGCGGCUCAUGGAGCUGGACUUUAGGGAAACGGGACCAAGUUGGGCUUGGUCCUAUAUUGUUGUUGUAGUGGUCAUCUGGGGACUUCCUGUCGUGUACGUGUAUUGUUGAUCAAUCAAAGCUGUAUGUACAAUCAAGCUGACUCGGAGGCUGUCAGUACCGUCGCAUGAGUACCUAUGAGUACGUACUAUAAUCCUCCCUGCUGCUUCGCCUCUUCAACUUCAUAGCCUCGUUCAACACACUGUGCCGAAGGAUCAUUGGCCUGAUAUCUCAAGCACUCUAGCAGUAAAAUCCACCGUACGCCCCAUUGACCGAUGCAGUCGACUCGUUUCCUUUUCGACUAUCCUCAAAGAGGAUGUGUUUAUGGUCUGCCUAAUACGGGAGACUACCGCCACCGAUUGGGUUGGCAUCAACGGGCGCUUCCGCAUGUAGUUGUCGUGUUGGGGUGUGCGCAGU